GCCGGGCUUGUGAAUGUCUGGUCCAAGUACAAGAAGGCCUGGUGUUGUCACCACGAGAAGAAGGGCUGUGCGGAUUCUGUCCCUGCCGGCCAUUUCGACUGCAAUGCCGGCUUCUUUAACUGGCGAAGGGGAUGGUCCCCAGAGAAGCGAGAAUGGUGCUGCGCAAAGGAGAAAAGGGGUUGUCCAGAACACUUCACCUGCAAGCGAUCGAGAGAACCCAAGUGGUCUGGGGCCGAGCGGGACUACUGUUGCCACACCUUUCACUAUGGCUGCAGGACCACAACCGCGCUCCCGGAGGGUGUUGAUUGCAAAGUUGGCUAUGAACACUGGGAGCAUCUAUGGACCGCUGCGAAACAGGAGUGGUGCUGCAACAGCUAUGGACGUGGUUGCCCUGUCUCCGAGCCAUUUGACUGCCAAGCUGGCUUGGCAAACUGGCAUGCUGGUUGGUCUGACAACAAGAAGGCCCACUGCUGCAAGAAGCAUCACCUUGGAUGCGAACAUGGCUCGGAGCAUCUUCCGGCGCACGACUGUAUAGCGGGGUACGGCAACUGGCGUGACUUAUGGUCGGACGGCAAGAAGCAGUACUGCUGCCACAAGUAUGGGCUCGGAUGUGAGGGUGACGACGGCGACGACGCUGAUCACGGCGAUCACGGUGAUCAUGUCAUCACUCAAGAUCGCUUCGAUUGCACGGCAGGGUUUGACAGGUGGCGGAAAGGUUGGUCAGGCAAGAAGAAAAGGUUCUGCUGCAGAAAAUACAAGCUUGGGUGUGAUGUCCCGUUCCAUCAUCAUCCAGAACCCUUUGACUGUGUUGCAGGGUUUGACAAUUGGCGGCGUGGUUGGUCCAGACACAAGAAGGAUUUCUGCUGCCAUAAGUACCAACUCGGAUGCGCACACGGCUACGCGGGCGGCCUGGGCUCGGGCGCCUUGGGCUUGGGUGCCUUUGGCAGCGCCCAUUAUUUUCACGGAAAGCCCGGUGUCUCCGUGGUGACACAUCAUCACCACAUCCAUUACCACGGCUUGAUGAAGUAG